GGCUAUGGACCAUGUCAGCCAGAUUGGUUACAAUGUUGUAAUUCGGCCAAAUGGUUGACAGUUCAUGUCGGCGCCUUCGUCUUUUUGGCUGGGAUGCAAGUUACUGGGUUAAAAGCUGCUGCGGCACGACCAUUAGAGAAGCAAUUUGGAUUCACCAGUACCGAAAUUGGCAUUAUGGCAGCCAUGUAUGAUGUUGGAGCGGCUAUAUUUGGCUUUAUAUUUAGUUUUUUCGCUGCUCAUACGCAUAAAGGGAAAUGGGUAGCGACUGGAAGCAUAUUAAUGGCUGUCGGAUCGAUGAUUAUUGCUUCUCCUCAUUUCAUUUACGGACGUUAUCAAUAUUCUGCGGUUUUAAAUGUAAGCAGUAUAUGUGAUGAAACAGUCAGUGGUAGCUGUACUAGUGGUGCGAUAUCUUCGUCAUCUGUACAACUUAUUAUCCUCUCCUUGGGCCAACUUAUUUCUGGUAUGGGGUCGACAAUUAUUUGGACUAUCGCUUAUCCCUAUCUCGACGAAAAUGUCAGCCCAACAGCAUCACCUAUCUACAUAGGUGUAUUUGGCGCGUUAGCUUCUCUUGGACCUGGAGCUGGAUAUUUACUAGGAGGCGCUUUCUUAAAUUUCUUUGUCGAUUGGCCUACUAGACCAACAGAUAUCAACUCUUCCGAUCCGCAAUGGGUUGGCGCUUGGUGGUUUGGCUAUGUAUUAUCUGCUAUAUUAAUGGCUAUGACAGCGGUUCCUUUACUAGCCUAUCCCAAGCAUUUACCAGAAUACGAGAAAAACAAAGAAAAGCGUGCUAAGAUUGCUAUCGGUAAAUCUGUAAUUGACAAUAACUACGGCAAUAGUAUUAAAGAGCUACCAAAAGCUGUUAAAGAAUUGGUUACAAACAAGGUUUUCUUAUUCGUUACACUUGGAGCUACGACAGAGGGAAUGACUGUUGGUGGACUAUCAACGUUCAUUCCAAAGUAUCUACAAACUCAAAUGAACAUCUCGUCAUCGCGUGCAAGUUUCCUUUCUGGCAUCUUAGUUGUCAUUGGAGCUGCAAGUGGAAUGCAGCUAGGAGGAGUUGUCGUUCGCGUAAAAAGAUUGCGUCCGGUUCAGAUUGCAAAAUUCUGCUACUCAGUUGGCAUUGCAGGGAUAUUUUGUGCUCUUCUUAUAUUAUUUAAUUGUUCAGAUGUUCCUAUAGCUGGGGUAACCAAAUCGUACCUUGCUAACAAUACUAGCCAAUCAUUAACCAACAUGAAUCUUGUAUCAGGAUGUAAUGGCAAUUGCAAUUGCUACAUAUCAAACUACGAUCCAGUAUGUGGUAUCGAUGGUAUAUCUUAUGCAUCUCCUUGCUAUGCUGGCUGCUCAUAUUCGCGAAUCAAUGGUACUAGUAAGUAUUAUUAUUCAUGUUCCUGUAUCAGCAAAGGCAAUACUUCUGCAACGAUGGCUAGCCAAUCCUAUGAUGCUGUUCGUGAACUAUGCCCCAAUAACUGUAAAUUUUUCAUUCCAGUGUUAAUUGCCAUAUCAUUGAGCAUGUUUAUAACAUAUUUUAAUUCAGUCCCGGCAUCGCAAGUCAUUAUGAGAUGCGUACCAGAAAGUCAGCGGUGUUUUGCUUUAGGUAUUAAUUGGCUUGUACUGCGUUUACUAGGAUCUGUGCCGGGUCCACUUAUUGUUGGCAGUAUUAUUGACCAGUCAUGUAUACUUUGGAACGAGCAAUGUGGUAGACGAUCAUUUUGCUGGAAGUAUGAUAAUUACCUGUUGAGUGUACUGUUGACAGUUGUCUUAGUCACUCUAAAGACGCUGACGGCGGUAUUCUUCUUCUUGGCAUGGUAUUUCUUU